AUGUUCUACUCAGGCUGGAACCUGCUCGCGCCAGCGUUCAUGAACGUUGGCGCGCUUUCUGCAGAGCUGCGUCACAGCAACGCUGCCGGUGAUGCCGCCGCAUCCUACCUUACCCAGGACCUCUUGCUGGGCAAUGACGAUGUCAACAGCUCUGCGUUAGCAACAACGCAGCAAGAGCACCAGCAGUCGAGCACCCACACAACGGUGCAGUCGUCUGUGUCUCCGAGCGAUGGCGGCGAUGUAGCGCGGCACACACUGUCAAGCACCUCGGUAGCCACCGAAGAGCGUCUCUGCACACUGCCUAGUCCGGCCCGCAAGCGGCGCUCUCACGACGAUGUGGCAAAGGAGACGGGAUGCGUGCUGCACCUCGCCGCAAGGGCCGCCCUCUCGUUCAAAGAAAUGGAGCAGCUCCUGCACCACCGCACCACCGGGUCCUCCGACUGCUUCCAUGUGAAGAGCAACACCCCUGCCAUGUCGCAGGCGGCGGUGGUGUUUAUGGAGUGUGUCGUCGCCUGCCCAUCGGGGCAGCAAGGGGGUGCCGCAGAGACAAAUGCGAAUCGUGACAACUCCUCCGUGCCGCCGGCGACUAGUGCUACCAGCAAGCCGACGCUGCCAGCGCUGGUGCUGGGGGUCUGCCAGCGAUCCCUAGAGUGGUACAACCUGCCUGGGGAGGCUGAAAACAGUGUCGGGUUUUACGUGGCACAGCGCCUGAUCGUCAAGAACGGCUACGAGGACGGGGACGCCGUGAAGCUGCCGGACGACGGGCGCAGCGGGGUUGGUGGCAGUCGCGUGAACUUCGGUGAUCACGUCGGCUGUCUUAUCGACCUUGUCCGCCACCAGCUUGCCUUUACGGUGAACAAAGACAUUGUCUCCACUCUCCCUCUCGAGCCGUCACUGGCGGAUGGCAGCUACUACUUCGCAAUUGGCCUCGCUCGCCGCCCACAGCAAGCCGCUGAUGUAGUGGUGCGGUUUUACAGCGGUGCACAGUGCUUGAAUCAAGACGUGCCUCUCCGAAGGGAUGGCUCGUCCCUGCCGCAUCCCCAGCAGCGGCGACAGUCGCCUAUGUUCCCGUUGGCCAAGUACGUGCGCGAGCUGGCACUCCAGUCGGUGGGGCUCCGCACCACGUUUAUGUCGGGCCAAGAAGGCGAGUCGCGCAUUCGACGGAGUGCGGUAGCGUCCUCGAGUGAGCAGCAGCGGAACGGUGACUCGGCAGCGGCAUCCCACCACUACACGAAGGCAAAGCAUCCUGAUGCGCCGAUCGCUGAUGCAUUCUGCGGUAGGCGAAUACCCCUCACCCCAGAGACACUCCGCGACACGCGCGUUACGGCCGUCCUGCGCGAUUACCUUUCCGUUCGUGGCAUGACAAGUGCGCUGCAGACACUGGAUGCCGAGCUGCAUGAGCUUGCUCCUGCGCAGAGUCAGCUGUACACUGCAGCAGGAGCCGCUGAUGGGGGUACUGCUGGGGUGUCGUCGCCGCCACCAUCUCCUCUUGCUCCUCCACACUCACACCCCUCACAUGUCCUCUGGCGUCCACCCACGCCAGGCGAAGCACAGGAAGCGUGGCAGCGUUACGCGGCGGAUAUGAAUCGCCUUCGCACAGCACUGCUGCAAGAGGUGCCCUGCGACGCCGGCGGUGCCCCGACGCCGCCUCUCUCCACACUUCUCGGGCAGCUGACGUUGUGGCGUCCGUCACUCGCCUACGCCUUCGCCUCCGUAUUUGACAGCCACUUGGCGGCCGCGUCAGCAGGCAGCGGUGUCGGUGCGGGUGGCAAACCUCACCGAAGCGGUGCUGGUGCGCCGGUGCCUCUUUCUCCGUACGACUGGGUGAGGCGCGCCAUCCAUCCCUCCCUGCUCACGUUGAGCAUGCUGGCACUUCGCCAGGACAUUCGCUACCUUGUGCACUCCUAUCAGGCGGUGGAGGAAAUGUGGGCCAUCCUGCAGACAUAUUUGCGCGCAGCGCGUACGGCGUGUCGGCAGACACACGCUGAUCCCCAUGCCCACCACCCUCAACAGCAGCAGCAGCGGACCUCCUUUGAAAACGUCAAGGAGGAGACAUUGCAGACAUCCGGCGUCGCGAAUGGCAGCGGCAGCAAACUCGGCACUAGGAAUCACCCCCCUUCUCGUCAGGGCACGGCAGGCAGGAGUUCGGACCACCACUGUCGCACCCCCACCAACGCGUCUUUUGCCCCCACGCCCGAGGCAGAGGGCCGUGUGCAGGCCGCCUUCACUUCCUUCUUCACGCAAUUUGUAUGGAACCCGGCAAGAGUGCUUCCCUCUCCCAUGACACACAUUCGUCGUGCCCCACUGCUCUCUGGCCCUGUAACCGCAGCUGCACGCACAAAUUCGCUGGACACACUCGCGCCAACGUCCCUAUAUGCACUGGCGGCACUCGCCGGCCGUACAGAGGCUAGUAUCGUCCCUCACUCCACGAAGACGAGCUCCGCUUCGUACGACAGCCACAGCUACUUCCGUGCGGAUGCGGAUGAAGAGGACUUCCGCGCCUGUGCUGCAGCGUGUGCUGCGUCGGUGCGACUAAGCACAUCAGGCGCAGCGAGCGGGAGCGGGAAUGGGUCCCAGGAGCAACACCGGCAACUGUUGCCGCAGCAGCGACCACUUUACGCAGCACAUGUGGAAGAAGCGAUUUUGGUUCUCUACCGCAGCGCUGUUGUACCAUCCCCAUCGCCGUCGCGCUCCUCGCAGGUGUGCCUUCUGCAGACGCUGUCGAGUCUGCACACCCAUACCGUUAGUACGCUGCGGCAGAUGGAACGAUUUCUGCGGCACGGCGGCAUCGACUUAGCGGAUCGCACGGUCAUGGACUCGAUCGAUCUUCUGAGCACUCUCCUGCGCACUGUGCAGCAUCGCUACCGGCAGCAAGUGUGGCGGCGACUCGUGCAUGUGGUGGAGGACGUCAACCAACAGCUGGAAGAACGACUGCAAAUCUGGGGAGCCGUGGCGCAGCCGCCGCAGAGGUUGAUACCCUCACCAGCCAUGCCAUCAUCGUCGCUGGUGCCGCCGGCCGUGAUUGCAGGGCCUCGACGGUGGCGUACGUACCUCGAGGGCUGGGUUGGGGGAGAGGACGAUGCCGAAGAUAGAAACCGCAGCAAUUGCGAUGCGGUAAUUCCAGAGGACGACGAGGCCACGCGGCGGCAGUCGCAGGCGAGGUCGCUAACGAUCAACUUUUCGCCGCUCAGAGCAGACGAGACACCAACGCAUGAGGCGCUAGCAGCAGGGAAGAAGAGUGAAGGUCGCCAGCCCUCACUGGCAGAGGCCAUGCGGCCGAUACUCGACUUCCCCAGCUACGAGGACCUGACAACGUUCAUGCCGUCUCUCCGCUCUCUCUGGCGACGUGUAGCGGCGCGAGCAGCGUUAGAGCCAUCAUUGCACCUCGUCACGGAGCUCUUUGUUCAAGAGUUGCGGCGGUCCUUGUCCUUGGCUCCCCCGCUGGGAUGGCACCAGAGGGCCUUCACGGCGCCAUCUGCUGCUCCUAAGCCUGAAUCGUCCACCCCAGCCGCUGUCUCCACAGAGGGCGUCACCACAACAGUGGCGGCGGUGAAGUCAGAACCGAACGUGGUGACAGUGAAACGCCCCUUGAGUGUUGCGCCCGACCACAGCAGCGUGAGCUUCAACACGCCGACUCCACGCUCGGCACGGUCGCCUGGCAUGGACGACGUGGAGGAGGAGGCGACGGAGGGCGGCGAGACGGAUGCGGUGGCUCGCUGGUUUGCUGAGGAGCUUUACCUCAGCUCUACGUACAUGAAGCGCGUCUUCAAGCACAUGUCCGGCUCCUGA